AUGACGUCCGGGGCGCUCCUGGCCAUGCCGAUGCUGCUCAUCAACAUGGGCGGCGAGAUGAUCUACGUGCUGGACCAGCGCUUGAAGGCGCAGAACAUUCCCGAAGACAAGAGCACCAAAGUGCUCGUCGAUGUCGUCAAGACCAUGUACAACACCAAGUUCAUCUCGGAGCUCUUCCGGCCGCACCACAUGUACUCGAACCUCUCGACGCGCCAGAUCUUUGACCGGCUCGCGCACUCGUCCAUCAUGCGCCUCAACCAGUCGAGCAUGGACAAGCUCUAUGGGCUCAUGCGCAUGGGGUUCAAGUCCAACCUCCUCGCGUGCUCGUCGGCCGACCAGCUCGUGCAAGUGACCAUGAACCACCUCCAGAGCAUCAAGGCGAUUGUCAAGGCCGACGAAGCGACCUCGCUCAUCGAAGACGCGGUCGUGCUCACGGCGUCGGUCUAUGGAGCUCUCUCGCACGCCAACUUUCUACUGCUCAAGCAGCAUCUCGCGCGCUUCUUCCAAGACGUGCGCAUCAAAGUCUCCCUCUUCCUCCAGGCGGGGCUCCAAAACCCCGAUGGCGCCUUCGUGUUGCGCGCCCACGGUCCAAUCGCCACCGGCGGCGACAUCCCCGGCGUCGUCCGAUACUUUGACGACCGCGGCAAAGUGGUCGACAAGGACAUGUUCGACUUGGCCAACGCCGUCGGCGCCAUCGCCGUCGACGACGGUCCGAUCUUGACGCGGGACCCGGCGCUGUGCCCGUUUGGCGAAAACCUGUAUGCGCCGACGGCCAAGCCGGACCUCAAGUCGGGCGCCGAAUUAACCGCCGAUGCCAAGCGCACGCGCGGCGCCGACAAAUUGGACGCACCCGCCAAGCAGUACAAGGCGACGGCGCAGGACGGGCUCAACCUGCUCGCCGACCUCCUCGGGAACUCGGCCAAGGAGACGACGGACGCCAAGCCCUUCAAGAUUGCGCUGUUUGCGGGCGACACGGGCGACGACGACGACGCGACCGACGGCAAGGGCACGGACGCGCACGUGACCAUGAUCACGAUCGAUGCGCUGAGCGACCACAAGGAUGCGACCAAGCACCUCUUGGACGACUUUGAUGUGGACGUCAAGGCCCGCGCGGAGGGUAAAAAGGGCGGCGACGACGACGAUCUUUUGAGUUUAAUGGACGCAUCCGCCUAAGAACGACACACGACAGAGAGGCGAGGAUCUCACUUGGACACGUGGCCGCACUUGAGGCACUAACAUACAGAGUGUAAACCAUUCCCUUAUAUCGUG